CAUACCGCGCGGUUUCAUCAUCACCGGUAGCAAUAAUAUGUUCCCAUAGUAGCGUGUUACCUGUUACAUUGUAGCCACAUGGUUAUCUGUGUUUAGUUUUAGUUUCACUAGUAUUCUUAUCUUUUAACCUAGUUCAUAGACAUUAGAUCAUAAUUCACAAAAAAUAUGCCCGCCGUCAAAGCUAAACAGAUUGAUACUCCUUCAGAAGAAGGGGAUCCUGGAAAUGCCGUGGAACUAAAAAGAACAUUAACUUUGUGGAAUGGCGUGGCUCUUGUUGUGGGCUCUAUUAUUGGAUCGGGAAUAUUUGUAUCGCCGAAAGGAGUGCUGGCCGAGGCAGGUUCGGUUGGAAUGGCAAUUGUUGUAUGGGCAGGUUGUGGACUCAUAUCUUUAGUUGGAGCUUUGUGUUAUGCCGAACUUGGUACCACUAUCACCAGAUCUGGUGGAGACUAUGCCUAUAUUCUCGAAGCUUUUGGUCCAUUUUUAGCCUUUUUACAACUGUGGGUAAAUUUGAUCAUUAUUCGACCUACAGCUCAAGCAAUAGUAGCUCUAACAUUUGCAUACUAUUUUCUACAACCAUUCUUCAGUACGUGUGAUCCACCAGAAAAUGCCAUUCGAUUACUUGCUGCCUUAUGUAUCACAUUGUUAACAUUUAUCAACGUGGCAAGUGUCAAGUUAGCUACCAGAGUUCAAGAUUUUUUUACACUAGCCAAAUUAUUUGCGCUUGUCUUCAUUAUUAUAGCUGGAUUAGUUAAAAUAGCACAAGGUGAAACUGAAUAUUUUCAAGAUGCUUUUCAAGGUACAUCAACGAAUGUAGGCAGUAUAUCGCUGGCUUUUUAUUCAGGAUUAUUUGCUUAUGCAGGCUGGAAUUUUUUGAAUUUUGUGACAGAAGAAUUGAUUAAUCCAUAUGUGAAUUUGCCACGUGCUAUCUAUAUUUCUAUACCUAUUGUAACUAUAGUAUAUGUAAUGGCUAAUAUAGCUUACUUUAGUGUUGUUUCACCCUCCGCCAUGAUUGCUUCUAAUGCUGUAGCCGUGACAUUUGGAGAGAGAAUCCAUUCUUCAUUAAGAUACAUUAUACCAAUAUUUGUAGCCCUGUCUACAUUUGGAGGUGUAAAUGGUUUACUAUUUACCUCAGGAAGGUUGUUUUUUGUGGGAGCAAGAGAAGGUCAUUUACCAGAGAUCGUUUCUAUGAUUCAAAUCCAGAGAUAUUCACCGCUACCUGCCAUGUUGUUUACGGGUACUAUGUCAGUGUUGAUGUUAAUAUCUAAAGAUAUAUAUUCAUUGAUCAAUUAUAUGAGUUUUGUACAAUGGUUGUCUGUUGGUGCGUCUAUAUUUGGUAUGUUAUAUCUGAGAAGAGCUAAACCUAACAUGGACCGGCCAAUAGUUAUGCCUACCAUUAUACCUGUAGCAUUUCUUAUAGUUGUAGUGUUUUUACUUAUAAUACCUUUAUAUGCCGCACCUAAAGAUACUCUUAUGGGAGUACUAAUUGUUUGUACAGGUAUCCCUGUCUAUGUAAUAGGUGUAAUGUGGAAAAAGAAACCAAAGAUUUUUACAGAUUUAGUCAAUGACUUAACAAAGAAGAGUCAAAAGUUAUUUUUAGUCGCUAAUGAAGAACAGACGAAACAGAGUUGAGGAUAUUUCAAGUUAAAUUUUAUUACGCAUCCGACUGUAGAUCUCAUUAUCAUCUUCAUUACUUAUAUUUUACAUGGCAUUCUUUCAUUUGUUUUAAUAGUAGGAAAAUGUGGAAGCUCAAUUGUUAAUGGAUGUUUUUUGAACAUGAAUAUAUUAAAGGUGCAUUAUGUAAGAGGGGGUUGGAUGGCCGAAUGGUUAGCACGCGCGCUGUAUCAUACAGCCUUUCAUUGAGUCAACUGGCGUGGUUUCGAUUCCCCGGUUGUACGUGACAAGGAGUAGGGUCGUCUGUCCAACCUCAUGGGUUGUCACCAGGUCCUCCGGUCUCCUCCCACUGCUAAAGACCCCUACGCGCAAGCGAAUUGUUGAAAUAAAAUUAAACCAUACGUUAGUCCCGAAAUGGCCUAGUUUGUGUCAAGUGGACGUUAAACCCCAUUUCUCUCUCUCUCUCUCUCUCUCUCUCUCUUAAGUUUUGAAAUUUUUGAACAAAACAUCUUUCACAGGAUUCAAGAGGCUAUAUAUUUAUCAAGACAUUAAAGAAUAGAAAAUCAAAUUGUUUUGGCCUUUGAUGUUUAAUUCUAGCGAUAUUUCCACAAGGGUUCUCUCAUCCUUCUCAAGCAAAGGAAUACACAUCCAAGGAACUUGUACAUCUUAUACUGGGGUUGGUGGACUGAGUACAGUCAUCUGAUUUCCUCCCAUGCCUAGAGACACCUACGUGCAAGUGAAUUAUUGAAAUAAAAUGUCUUUCGUUUUAUUGUUUUUCCUUCCAUUAUAAUGCAGUGGGACAUAAUUUAAAAAAACAAUCUGAAAUAAUGACUAUCCAUGUAAAGGAUGUUUGUCACAAGUGCUAAGAACCGUUGCUUCACCUCUGCUCGGUACCGGGAAAUGUUUCAUCAAGACGAAUGAUGCUUUGUAAUAUUAAAGCAUUUGUAUAGGCUGAAGUUAUGACUAUUUUUGCUCUAGGCAUUGAGAACACUUGCUACACCACUGCCCAGUGCAUGCCUGAAACUUAUCAUAUAAUCAGUGCUGUGUUGCCUUUAGUGAUCUUUCAAUCAUAAAUUAUAUUUUCAUUGACACUUGUUGAGGCAUUAGGGGCCUUAUUCAUGGAUAUCUAAAGUAUUUUAACAAUGCAGCGUUUUCAUUGGCUAAAAACUGAAAUCUGUACUAGGAUUUUGACAUUCAACCAAUGGCAUUAGUGAAUUCUUAAAAUAUUAACAUUUUUGUGAAUAAGGCCCCAGGUGUAUUUCAUUGAUAUUUUGUGGUAGUUAAAAGCUAGGAUAUGGGUUAUUGUUUACAAUACAGUUAUAUAUAUGUUUAUAUUAUAUAUGAAUAUAUACACUUAUAUAUAUAUUUAUUUUUUAUUGAUAUACAAACUACAAUAUAGUAGUUAAUAGCUAUGUCACUUAUGUAAUCAUCAUGUCUGGAAAAAAUGACUGUAGUUGUACCGACAACAUGUCAGGCUCUAAUGAACUAGUAUCUGACAUUUUGAACUUUGUGCCCGACAUGUAUUCAAAAUAUCAACAAAAACACUAAAAACAAUUACAAAUCUGUGCUGGACAUAAUGGCAGACAUCUGAGGGAUUUGUCUGACAAUGUCGGUGACCGGUGCCUUAUUUCCAGACUUGGUAGUCAUGUAAUGGCAUAGUCUAUAUAUAAGGCACAAAUUUUAUUACAUUUUACCAUUUUAAUACCAUACAAUCAUAUACUGCUUUGAAAUAAAUAUCUGCUCAAUUUUCUUGAAUAUGUUCAUAAGAAAUGUCAAAUAUUAUUUAAAGGAAUAAUCAUAUUUACUUGAAAGAAUGGUCAUAUUUAUUUCAAGUAAUUACCAUAUUUACAUUAAGUAAAUAGUAAUUACCAUAUUUCCUUCAAAUAAUUAGCAUAUUUCCUUCAAGUAAUUACCAUAUUUACAUCAAGUAAUUACCAUAUUUAAAUCAAGUAAUUACCAUAUUUACUUAAAGUAAUUACUGUAUUUACAUCAAGUAAUUGCCGUAUUUACUUAAAGUAAUUACUGUAUUUACAUAAGUAAUCACUUAUUUACUGAAAGUAAUUACUGUAUUUACUUCAAGUAAUUGCCGUAUUUACAUCAGUUAUUGCCAUAUUUACUUCAAGUAAUUGCCAUAUUUACUUCAAGUAAUCGUCGUAUUUACUUUAAGUAAUUACCGCAUUUACUUUAAGUAAUUACCGCAUUUACUUUAAGUAAUUACCGCAUUUACUUCAAUUAAAUACCGUAUUUACUUGUUGAUUAUUUGUCAAAGUUCAAUAAAUGACCCGUCUCGCUAUUAGGCCAAAUCACUUUAAUUCAUUUAAUAAAUAGCCCAUCUAUUUAUAGUCGGUUAGCCAUUGUGUGCUUCCCAUUUUGGAUAUCCUGCACACGCCACUGUUCCCCGUGAGUUCCUUCUUAAGGAAUUUAAUAUUUAAAUAAACUGAAAAAGAUUUAGGCUUCCAAGUUACAAUGAUUUCGAUCCAUUGAUUGACUAUAUCUGACGAUCUAGGAGUAGGGUCGUCUGACUAAACCUGAGAGUCCCCCCCCCCCCACCUUUGUUAAAGAUACAUAUACAUUAGUCCCGAAAUGACGAAGUUGUGUUGUGUUGACGUUCAACACCAUUUCUCUGUGUUGGUUUGAUUGAAUCUCAAUGUUAUGUUAUAUUGUGCUGAUUGUGUGUUUAUCCAAAUAAAACGACUGCCUCUCUUA